AUGAUAGAAGCAGAGAAGGCCUUUAGAUUGAUUGAAGAGAAAGAUGUCAUUUCAUGGAAUACCCUUAUUGCUGCUUGUUCUCAUUGUGAUGAUCAUGGAAAAGGUUUGAGUAUUUUCAAAGAGAUGACAAAUGUAAUUAGUUUAUGGCUUGAUGAUUUCACGUAUGCGAGUGCUCUUGCUGCAUGUGCUGGCAUCGCUUUUGUACGCCAUGGCAAGCAGAUUCAUGCUCAUCUGAUCAGGACGAAGCCAGAUGGAGAUCCAGGUGUUGAUAAUGCACUUGUAAACAUCAUCAUUUCUGGAUUUGGAAAUCAUGGGCAUGAGGCAAAGGCCCUAGAACUGUUUGAGCAGAUGAAGGAGCUUGGUUUGAAGCCAGAUUCUGUUACAUUUAUUGCACUUCUCACAGCGUGCAAUCGUGCAGGGAUUGUGGAUGAGGGCCAAGCCUAUUUCAAUUCUAUGAAUGAAAUCUAUGUGAUUGCCCCUGACAUUGAGCAUUUCUCUUGCCUCAUAGAUCUACUUAGACAAGCUGGGAGACUAAAGGAGGCUGCAGAAUACAUAGAAAAAUUUCCUUCUAGGCAUGAUCCAGUUGUUUUAGUGAGCUUGCUCUCUGCUUGCUGA